UUAAUUACUUAAAUUCCCCUAUUUAUACUCUCACCAUAUUAAGUCUUUGCUAUGCUAUGCUUGGACUCUUGCAUAGUACUACUCAAAUUGAAAUUUUCAACAAAAAAAGAAAAGAAGAAAUUUGAAGCUAUUAUACUUUUGAGAUCAUGGGAAGACCACCAUGUUGUGACAAAGAAGGUAUCAAGAAAGGUCCUUGGACUCCUGAAGAAGACAUCUUAUUAGUCUCUUACAUUCAAGAACAUGGCCCUGGAAAUUGGAAAGCUAUUCCUUCUAAAACUGGUUUGUUAAGGUGCAGUAAGAGUUGUAGGCUUAGAUGGACAAAUUACUUAAGGCCAGGAAUCAAAAGAGGUAAUUUCACAAACCAAGAGGAGAAUAUGAUCAUUCACCUUCAAGCUCUACUGGGAAACAGAUGGGCUGCAAUAGCUUCUUACCUUCCACAAAGAACAGACAAUGACAUAAAAAAUUAUUGGAACACCUAUCUGAAAAAAAGGCUCAGCAAGAAAUUGGAAGAAGAAAAAAAAGAUGGGUCUUGUUUGGCAAAUAAUAAUAAUGAUUUUUCAUCUCAGAAAGUUGUUAUGCCACGUGGACAGUGGGAAAGAAGGCUCCAAACAGAUAUCAACAUGGCAAAGAAAGCACUCACUCAUGCACUCUCACCACAAAACAAUAAUAAUAAUAAUAAUAAUAAUAAUAAUAAUAUUGAAUCCUUAUCUUGUUCUUCUUCUUCCAAUUCCAAUUCUAAUUCUUGUUCAUCCAAUAAUAAUAAUAAAGCAACACAAUCUUUAAGCUAUGCUUCAAAUGCUGAUAACAUAGCUCGGUUGCUCAAAGGGUGGAUGAAGAAGAAUAAUAAUAAUGACACUGCUUCUAGCAAGGAGGGCAUUUUAGGAACAAAAGUUUUUGGUAAUGAGGAGUGUUUGGAGUCUUCAAAUAAUACUACUUCAUCAUUAGAGUUUUCUCAUUCAAUUUAUUCCCAACAAGAAGAGAGCAAGACUGAAGAAAUUGGUCAAGUUUUGAUGCCUUUCCAUUUGCUUGAGAAGUGGCUUCUAGAUGAGACUAAUAUUGAGAAAUUUAUUUAACUAUCUUCAUCAUGCAUGCAUGUCACUGUUUUUUAAUCAAGAUUUUUUUUUUCUGUUGUUUUCUUUUUUCUUUUUUUUUUGGGCCUACAUUGGAAGUGUGUAUAAAUAUUUCUAUAUUAAUCAAUAUAUAUCAUGGAUGCCAUCUUAGAUGCUU